AUGGCCGCCACCCGCAAGCUCAACCCGCCGUUCCGCGCGGACCACAUCGGCUCCCUCAAGCGCCCUUCCAAGCUGCUUGCCGCGCGCAAGGAUUUCGAGCUCGGCAAGGUCACCCCCGAGGAGCUCAAGGCGAUCGAGGACGAGGCCGUCACUGAGAUCGUCAAGUUGCAGCGCGAGGUGGGCAUCAAGAGCAUGACCGAUGGCGAGUUCCGCAGGCACAUGUUCUUCGACGGUGUGUUUGACAAUCUCGAGGGCAUGAAGUAUAUCCGUCCCGUGCCUAUGGAGAUGUUGAUGGACUACGUCCCCGAUGUCGCGGCGUUCAAGGAACUCGACUUCAAGGGCGGCGACUCGUACGUAUGCGCGGCGAAACUGAAGCGCACGAAGCCGUUCUUCGUCAGUCAGUUCGAGGCCCUCAAGGCACUCACGGCCCCCGAGGAGUGGAAGAACCUGAAGAUGACCAUGACGGCACCAGAGUGGUUCCACCUCCGCCACGGCGAGUUCGCGUACCCGAAGGACGUGUACAAGAACGAUGACGAGUACUUCGCGGACAUCGCGGUCGCUUACCAGGCGGAGAUCCAGGCGCUGUACGCGGCCGGCUGCCGCAACAUCCAGUUCGACGACCCGCUCCUCGCCUACUUCUGCGCCGACUCGAUGAUCCAGGGCAUGGAGGAGCGCGGGAUCGACCACGUCGCGCUGCUCGACACCUACAUCCGCGCGUACAACGGCUGUCUCAAGGGCCGCCCCGCGGACAUGACCGUCGGUCUCCACCUCUGCCGCGGCAACUUCCGCUCGGGGAUGCACUUCUCGGAAGGCGGCUACGACCGGAUCGCGAUCAAGCUCUUCCAGCAGAUCGACGUCGACUGCUACUACCUCGAGUACGACACCCCGCGCGCCGGCUCCUUCGAGCCGCUCAAGCACCUCCCGUCCAACAAGACCGUCGUCCUAGGGCUCAUCACGUCCAAGUUCACGCAGCUUGAGGACGUCGAUGACCUCGUCGCCCGCGUGAAGAACGCGGCGGCGAUCAUCGCCUCGGGCGAGGAGGGCCGAACGGUCGAGCAGGCCCUUGAUCAGAUCUGCCUGAGCCCGCAGUGUGGCUUCGCGUCCCACUCGGACGGGAACAACAUCGACGAGGCUGCGAUGCGCGCGAAGCUCGAGCUCGUGUCCAAGACCGCGAAGGCGAUCUGGGGAGACGCUGUCUAG